GCUCGCUCGCUCUUCCAUUGGUAGGGCUUAGCUCCCCUUAGUCAGCCUGCCCUUAUUUAAUUUGGAGUGUGAUUUUGGUAUUUUUAGCUUCUGGAUCAUUUCCAGUAAGAUUUGGAAGAGGGCUUUUUUUCCCUUUCCUUUUUUUUUUAAUUUCUGCAAAUUAUUUUAACCCAGCUUCCUUCCUCUUGGAACCUUUAAAAAAAAUUAAUAUAAAUAAGAGAGGGCCUGUCUGCUCGUGCGCUCUCUCUUUUUUUCCCCAGUGCGAACCUCUCAGCAUUCUUAUUACAGCUCUGCAUUUGCAACCAUCAGCAGCCAGAAGGGGGGUUUAUUUUUAAUUUCAUCACAACACACAAGGAAAAAACACAUACACACAGAUUCGCGAAUAAGAGCAAUAACGAGGAAAGAUGAGUGAAUCCAGUGCAAAAUCAGGCCAACCUCUGGCUGCCAAACAGGACAAGGAUGUCUCUGAGAAGAGAGGACGGGGGCGACCCAGGAAACAGCCUCAGCAGGAACCCAGUGAGGCAUCAGUCCCUAAGAGACCACGUGGCAGACCAAAGGGGAGCAAAAACAAGACUGCCUCAAAGGGACGGAAAACUUCUGCAGCACCUGGGAGGAAACCUCGAGGCCGACCCAAAAAAUCAGAGAAGGAAGAAGAGGAGGUCAACAUUUCCCAGGAAUCGUCAGAAGAGGAGCAGUGAACAUAGUCAACUGAUUCUACCUCACAAUUCAAUUCCUAUUUCUUGUCAAGUUUUGGGACAGAAGAAGAAACAAAGAAUCCUCAUUACUUCCCUGCCCUCCCCACCUACCCAAUGUUCUCACAGUUAAAAUAACAGCAACACUGGAAUACGGUGUAAAACAAAUCAGCCAUCACGUUUGUUGAUGUGUAAUGUUUAAAGGGAGAACAGUGUACUCUGUUUCCCUCUCUCAUGUGACAGGGUUAAAACUUUAGCCUACCAGUUUAUGUAAUUCUAUAUUGAUAUCAUCAUCCAUUUCUGGCCUGUCUUUUCAAUGCACUCUUUGAAGAGAAAGGGGUAUAUAAAAUGUUAUAUUAACCACCUAUUCAUGUUGAAAAGAGUGGGCAGCCUAGUGUUCCCGUAUCAGCCCUGAUCUCCCCUUUAGAGAGCAUACCACCAUCCUGAAGGAUAUUUGACACUGGCAAGGAAGUAAUGUCAGAGAGGAGGAGGAAUGCUGUAUUUUCUCCUGGAAAUUCAGUUUAGUACAAAGAGCCAAAGCAAUGGAAGGGGUGGGGGGAACUCAUGAGUUUUCCUAUUGUAUACUACUUGCCUGGGUACUGGUACUGAUUUUAGAAGUUGUUAGCUUGCCACAUUCCCUCUACAUCCCCUGGUUCAAGGGUAAUAUGGUUCUUUACAGUAGGUCUAUUUGUUCUGGUCAGCUGUCUAGCCUUCCCCAGGAGUUGAAGCAAUGUAGUGCUACUAUGGGUGGGAUAGACUUUGCAAUGCUUUUUCAUUGCUGGUCAGUAGGGCUGUUUCCAAAAGUUCUCCAGUGGCAGAUGAGUGUCAGUGAUUGUGUAACAGUCCUGUCCCACCCUUCCAUUAUGAUAUUGGCUGCUAGUCCCCAGGGCAGGGAGAUCGGAAAGUUUUCCUCUUGGUUCCUGCUUAUUCUUCACAGAAAGCACUGAAGGAUCUUCUUUGCAUCCAAAGAAGCCAUUGCCAUGACCAAGGAAAGCAGGUUGGCAGAAUUCCUCACCCCUUCCCGCCUCCUCAUGUCUCAUCUGCUUCAGUGAUGUUUUUCCCAUUGGGUACAGCACAGUUGAUGUUUUGUGGGUUUUUUUGGCUGCAAUUCUUUCCAAACAGGUCUCUUUUCAGGUUUUCUUUUUCCUCCAUUCACAACUACCUCUGAAUAAUUUAAAUUUCAUUCUCUUAAAACAUGGAGUUGCUGCUGCUGUUGUUGCUGCUGUGCUGGUUACAAAGUUUUAUUAUUCCAACAGGUUCUGUCUGGGGUUUUUUUCCUCUGGAACUGACAAAUUGUACACUAUAGAAUAUUUAGUUUGAGUUGACUUUUAAAACUCUUGCUAUUAAAGAGGGAUAAAAGCUUACAGUUGUCAGACUGAGUGAUCUGGGAGGUGCUUCGUUCAUCAUUGUUCCAAGAAUCAACCAUCAGCACAUUCAGAAUGUUGGGGUUCUUUCCAUGGUGCCCACAAGGACGUGUUCCUUUUGGAAGCACAGGCCUGAGCUCCUGAAGGCCCCCUGCACUCAAGCAAGAAAUCCACAUUUGAUAGUUUGUGAUUACUUGCGUUUCUGAGUACUUCUGGGUAGAACAGAAGCUAUGCUUGACCAUCUCAAGCCACGGAAAGCCUUGCAUCAGUCUCAAUUUACACUAAACUAGAGGCUUAGAAAUAAACUCUCCUUCCCCCAAAAAAAUCCCAAUAGUAACUUUUAGUUUGGGUCUCCUUGAUACUGUUUCCAAACCAGUUCUUUCAAAAAGUUGAUACUCAUUUGCAGCCCAGUCAUCGUUGGGGGCAAUCAUAACUUCUGAAAAGCAAAACCAGCAUAACAUUAAGAUAAUCUUUCCCUUAAAUUGCUACAUAAUUGCUGGACAAGGUGGUCCUCCAACUUGGCUCUUCUGGUAUGUUUGUCAAAAAAUAUGCAGCAGAAAUCCUCUUGCUGAAGUUGGUUUGACCUCUUUCUAAUCCAGAGAAGCAAGACUUGCACAGUGCCUGAACAAAUCCAUUCAGUUUGGAGGCUGAGAGUGAAUAUGUUGGUAUGAAAACAAACUUCAGUUGUUUGCCAUUAACUGGCUGGAUUCAGACAUUUUGAUCCAUUCCUGUUGGUGAGGAUUGUUCUUCCUUCUGCUUAAAUUUGAUCUCUUCAGCUACCUAAGGGCUAAGGGUUACAGGGAAGGCUGAAAUCAUGGAUCUGAAAGUAAUUUAUCAGCAGUCUGACCAAGGCAAGGCAACUGUGUAAGAACAAGCAAGGGUGGGGGUGUCCAGUGCUUUGUAGGCUGUGGUGGGAAUCAUUGUUGUGGGAAUCUCUGGCCCAUGCUAAAGCCUUCUUGACUUCCUAUUUGCAGUUUACUUGAAUAAAAAUACUUAAUUGAUA